AUGGAGUAUGUGGACGCUGUACCGCUGGGCGAGGGCUACGCCGCUCAGUUGACUCCGGAACAGCAACUGGAACUGGUACAGAGCGUGCGCCUCGCCGUUCGUGUCUGGCGCAAGCCGAUUUCUCUCAGCCGAGUGUUCACUAUGUUCUUCUCGACCGUUCGUCCUGCUCCACUUCUUUCACGAUCUGAUUGGCAUAGGGAUGAUGACCUCGGGGGAUGUGACACAGAAAUCGUCUGGGAGCAGUGGAGAGAAAGGCAGAUUUGGGACACCAUAUCUGCCACUGCCAACGUGAAUCAGAAAAUUCGGAGCGUUAAACAGCCCGAAGACCCCUACGAUUUCGUGCUGGCAGCUCGCGGGUGA